UGAGACUGUCACGGGUCUGCUGACCGAGACUUUCUCCAGCACAGCGGAGCAAAGACGCAAUAAAUCUGGGAUGUAAGAAAGCCUCGUAAGUGUGGUGUUACAGCCGGGAGAGUUGCGCGGUAUAUCUGCUGUGUUGGAGCACCAGUGAAGAUGCCUCCGAUACCAGUUGUUCCAGAGAACCACAAUUAUGUCCUGGCAGAGUUUGACUGCCUCGAUCCACUUCUCUCUGCUCUGCGUUUGGACUCUGGCAGGCUAAAGUGUACCUGUUUGGCAGUGUCGAGGAAGUGGCUCGCAUUAGGAACAUCAGCAGGGGGGGUGCACCUGAUUCAGAGGGAGGGCUGGAAACAACGGCUCAUCCUCACUCACAAGGAGGGAUCCAUCGCUCAGGUGGCAUGUUGCCCUCAUGAUGAAGACUUUAUUGCAGUUGCAACAAGUCAGGGUCUGGUGGUGGUGUGGGAGCUGCAGUUGGAGCGGCGGGUUCGUCCAGAGAGAGUCAGCGUGUCCUGGGAGCACAGAGGUCAGACAGUUACUGCACUCUGCUGGGAUACAAGCGCGCUGAAAGUUUUUGUCGGCGACUCUGGAGGCAAGGUGUCCUUUCUCCGUGCAGGAUCCUCCAAAAUGGGAAAGGGGUCAGCGUUUGUUAUAUUCCCUGUCCAGACUGUCACCACUGUGGACUCUAAAGUGGUUCAGCUUGGGUACCAAGAUGGACGACUGCUUGUGUCUUCCCUCACACGCUGCUACCUCUGCGACACAGAGAAGGAGAAGUUCUGGCGUGUUGGUAAUAAGGAGCGUGACGGGGAGUUUGGAGCUUGCUUUUUCCCUCAGAAUAGGGGAUUAUUAAUGGGUCAGCCCCCACUGCUGUACUGUGCCCGGCCGGGGUCUCGAAUAUGGGAGGCCAGUUUUAAUGGCGAGGUUCUGAGCACCCAUCAGUUCAAACAGCUUCUGGCGUGUCCUCCACUGCCUCUCAUCACUUUUAGAAAUGAGCCAAAUUACAAUCCAGUGCAGAAGACUCCACAGUCUAUCGCCUUCCCUAAGCUGCUUUAUUUGGGGGACCAAAACCUGCUGACCUGGACUGAUUCUGCCAUUUAUAUCUUCACACCUCAGAAUGGACAGCUGCUCCUCUGGACUGAAGUUAAAGAUUUGCUUGAUGUGGCGGUCUAUCGCAGUGAGCUCUUCUGUCUCCAUGGAAGCGGGCGUCUGUCCCACCUCUCCUUGUUAUCUGCAGAGCGAUGUGUUGAGCGUCUGCUGCGCAGGGAGUCCUGGCCUCUGGCUGCUGCUGUCUGCUGUAUGUUCCAACACGCAAUCACUACAGGCAGGGCCAGGAAAUCAAUUCCCAUUGACCGCCUCGAGCACCUGAAGUCUCAGCUCAGUUCCAGCACACAUCUGGAGCUCAUCGGGCAGCUGGAAGAGGUCUUCACAAAACUGGAGCCUCUUGACUCAGCCUCCAGCAGCCGGAGGAGCAGUAUCUCCUCACAUGAGAGUUUCAACGUCCUGGACUGUGGAAUCUAUCGAGUGAUCAGCCGCAGAGGAAGCCAGUCAGAUGAGGAGACGAGCUCCCUGCUUAAUCACUCUGUGUCAGAGGAGGAGCGACUCAAAGAAUUCAGCUUUGUGCAGGAUGAGGAUCAGGUUGAUCACGAUCCACAGACCAGUGAGCGCACGGAGGCCGAACGAUCUGACCAAGGCCUGCAGUUUCACCUCCCACUCUCGUUCCGUCCCAAACCCCCCCGCAUCGCGCUGCAGGCCGUUAAAGACAGUGUUUCUAGUUUCGUUAAGAAGACAACAGAGAAGAUCAACACUCUCCAGAUGAACUCUGAGCUCUGGCAGAGACCUGAAUUCAGAGAGGGCGGACCCACUGAAAUAUCAGCCACCACAAAUUUGUACUCAGAGGAAAUGGAGAAUGAGGUUGGUGAUGAAAUAUCUAACGCUGAGGCUGAAAUGCAGGAACUUCAGUCAGCAACAGAGCAAGCUAUCUCCCAGAUACAAGAUCCUUUGGUGCUACUAGACCCAGCCUCCCUGAAAGAAGCUCUGCUGGAGUGGUUGCCGGUUCUGGAGCGAAUACUUGGGUCUGUGGAGCUCAAGUCUGCUGCUGCAGGUGAUUCCGCUAUCGAUGGAGCAGGAGAGGAGAGAUGGGAUACGGAUUAUUUAAGCACCUGCUCAGAUCAACGAGAGGAGCCUACCUCCUCAUCAGAAGAACCGACAGAUGUUACAGAGAAGAACGAAACGCCUAAGCCUGAGGAAGAAGAGGGACAGCAUGAGAACCAGCUGAUGUUAGACUCAACGAAAAACGGUGCUUCAAAUGGGAGUCCUGCUGAGCCAGUCCGUGUGGUGCCCCCUAAACCCAUACCAUCAGAUUUGCUGGCUCAUCUCUCUGAGCUGGCCACACUGUACACAGAACUGAGCUGCUUCAGAAACCAGAAUGAACAAGAGCUGGGGUGCACAGUUUUCCUGAGGCGCUACUUUUUUCUGCUGGACCAAGAGCGCGUGAGAAGAAUGUGUCUGCUGUGCCACCAGGAGCAGCCCGAGAUAAUGAGCUCCUUCACUGAGGCAAUGCUAGAGCUCACCCAGUCUAGCAAGGUGGUGGAAGUUUUUCAGAGAGGUGAUUUGCAGAAAUCUUUGAGAAGUCUGAGAGAGCUGCAGCCCUGGAGUCCAGCUCGUCUCCUCGCUCACUUUCACAGACUGUAUGAGAAGCACGGUGAGGCGGCUGUACGCUCCUUUUCCCAGUUCUAUCCUACCAUAACUCCUGCUGAUGUAAUGACCAUGGCUCAAAAAAGCCAUUUCCUGGCAUAUCUGGAUAAUCUGGUACAAUCACAAAGUGAGGAGCACAGGUUGUCAUUUUUGCAGUCCCUCCUUGAUCCAGAAUCACUGAGACAGGAUUGGCUGGAGCUGGCACUUACCCAUGAUGCCCCGCAGUGCUGUGAUACCCUGACCCCUGAUGGACUGCCAAGGUGGCAUUCACAUUGUUUCGCUUGGGGCUAUGGACGCCUUCUGUCGCUGCUGAUUCGCCUUCCUGCAGACUUUUCCUCAAAGCAGAAGAUGUUACAGACUUGUCGAAGUCACGGGUACUGGACGGGCUACCUCUACCUCUGCAAUGAGCUCCAACUUCGCACAGAAGCUUUCACCGCCAUCUGUCAGCUGGAUGACAUCACCCUGCUGGAUGAAUCUGAUGGUGUUAGGCCCCAGACCGUGGACGAGUGGAAGCUCUUGAUCCAGCUGUCUCAGCAGUGCAGCAGCACGGUCAACUCGGAGCAGGUCGCAGGUGUGAAUGGGAGUGACUGGUCCAACGGCUCAGCAGACUGCGGAGGAAAGAUCAGCCCGGAGAGCCUGACUCUCAUGCUGGCUAGGACUGUCGGGCCUGACCAAGCUCUGACCAUCCUGGAGGACUGUGGUGUUCAACUGGUCCUUUCACCCCACUCCAAACUGGUCUGUGAGGUGCUGAGAGUCGCUGAGAGGAGGCAAAGGGCCAUGAUCCAGACGAUGCUCGAGCGGUGUGAUCGGUUCUUGUGGUCUCAGCACGCCUGACUCCAGAUCUGAAACCAAACAACAUACAGCUAACACUUAUAAGUCUUCCCACUAACUGCUGUUAAAACUGUGACUUAAUUUAUUCACUGUGAUAUUUGUCAAAGUCCCCGAGUUUAGAUGAGUUAUUUAUCCCAGAGUGAAAACAGUAUUAUGUGUCUUCAUUGUGUUUACUUGCCAAUUUUUGUGAAUACUCAUGCGUGCGUGCCUGCAAUGUGUGAGUUUUCUUAAUUAGUAGUUCUGGUUACUGCUUUUUGCAUGUUUCAUACGACCAAAUGAAUCAAUACAUUUUUCUGCUUUGGCAAAAAUAAACUGACCAAACUAACUGGGUAAAAUAAUGUGAAUAAA